AUGGCAAUGGAGAUCGGGGAAGAUGAAUGGAUGGUUUGUUGCGGAAGCUCUGAUUUCGCGAAGCUGAUGGUGAAAGCUUCUCCGUUUAGCUCUUUAGAAUCAUCAAUCGAUGCUGCAAGAGAAAUCUGGUUCAACCAAGUGAAUGUUUCAGCUUGGCUUGAAGCCUUCGCUGCUCAUCCUCAGAUUGGGAAAGCUCCUUCCCCUUCUAGCAACUCCGAUUUCGCUCAUCGGAGCGUAGCAGAGCAGUCCACGGCCUUUGCCACUACUUCUAAUUCUGCCUUACAGGAGCUUUCCGAGUGGAAUGUACUCUACAGAGAAAAGUUUGGUUUCAUCUUCAUUAUUUUCGCCUCCGGCAGGACUCACACUGAGAUGCUCGCCGAGUUAAAGGGAAGGUAUGCAAACAGACCAAUAGUGGAGCUCGAGAUUGCUGCUAAGGAACAGAUGAAAAUAACAGAGCUCCGGAUCGCAAAGCUCUUCUCCGAGAAGGCUAAAGGUGUUUCACAAACCGAGUCAACAAAACCUCAAGAUCGUCUGAGAAUCAUAGGAGGGCAUUUGAAUGUUGCAGCUGAAGCAAAAGCUCACAAGAGAAGUAGGCCACCCAUCACGACUCAUGUCUUGGACGUCUCACGUGGUGCUCCAGCUGUAGGUGUCGAAGUGCACUUGGAGGUGUGGAAUGGUGCUGAAGGUCCUUCCUUUCGUCAUGGAGAAGGUGGGGUCUGGUCCAUUGUGGGCGCUUCAGCUACUGAUAAAGAUGGACGUAGCGGACCACUGAUGGAUUUGGUUGAGGCUUUGAGUCCAGGGACGUAUAGGAUAAGCUUCAACACCGGGAAGUAUUGCCCAGGAGGUUUCUUCCCCUAUGUUUCCAUUGCGUUUGAGGUUACAGAAUCUCAGAAAUGGGAGCAUUUCCACGUCCCUUUGUUGCUUUCACCAUUUUCUUUCACCACAUACCGUGGGAGCUAG